GCAUAGUGGCCUUUAAAGCCAUUGGCCACAAUUAGUGGCUUUUGGUUGUCGUAAUAGGUGACAUAGUUCGUUAGCUAAUGUUAGCUAUCCCGGUUACCCAGCUAGCUUAAUCGAAACACUCCCUCCGGCUCCAAAUCAAGUUGUUUACGUUUAGCCACUCAACUAUCAGGACAACUCUCGCAACAGUUUGGAAGUUCUUGCUCGUCCUGAAUACAUAUUGUAUCAAAAUGAAAUGGAUAUUGCUGCUGUUUUACAUGGAGUAGUAUAUUAUACUAUCACGACAUUCUGUUUUCGAAAUCAAAUGUGGUCGGUUAGAGCAAGCUAGCUAAUACAGAUUGAAUACCCAAGAUGGAUAAACCACCUUUCAGACAGAACCAGGUGUGCGGGGCUUGGGUUAUGAAGGAGAGACUUGGAACAGGAGGGUUUGGUCAUGUCUACUUGUAUCAACACCUGGAAACCUCUGAGAAAAUUGCCGUGAAGCUCUGUCGUCUGGAGCUGAAUGCAAAGAACAAAGACAGAUGGAGUCGAGAGAUCCAGAUCAUGAAGAAGUUGAACCACCUGAAUGUAGUGACCGCGAGGGAUGUGCCAGAUGAACUGAAUCACAUUGCUCUGAAUGACCUUCCACUCUUAGCCAUGGAGUACUGCUCCAAAGGAGACCUUCGAAAGGUGUUAAGUAAACCAGAGAACUGCUGUGGACUGAAGGAGAGUGAAGUUCUGUCCUUACUCAGCGAUGUCGGGUCAGGCAUUCAGUACCUUCAUGAGAACAAGAUCAUUCACAGAGAUCUGAAGCCAGAGAACAUCGUGCUUCAGGACAUUAAUGGAAAGCUGGUCCAUAAGAUCAUAGACCUGGGAUAUGCCAAAGACCUGGACCAGGGCAGCCUUUGCACUUCAUUUGUUGGGACUUUGCAGUAUCUGGCUCCAGAGCUGUUUGAGAACAAACCGUACACCGUCACUGUGGAUUACUGGAGCUUUGGCACCAUGAUUUUUGAGUGCACCUGUGGGUUUCGGCCAUUUCUACAUCAUCUGCAGCCCGUGCAGUGGACCGGCAAAGUCCGAAACAAAGGACCAAAGGACAUCAUGGCCGUGGAGGAUAUGAACGGUGAAGUGCGGUUUUCGGCACACCUGCCCUAUCCAAAUAACCUCAGCAGGACGCUACUGGAACCUCUGGAAAACCUGCUGCAGAUGAUGUUGAAAUGGGACCCAGUUCAGAGAGGAGGGGGGAGUAACCUGGACACAAAACAACCCCAUUGCUUUGUAGCUCUUGAGCAGAUCCUCAGUAUGAAGGUCGUCCACAUCCUGAACAUGACCACCACCCAGGUCCACUCUUUCCUGCUCGCUCCUGACGAGAGCCUCCACUCGCUGCAGCAGAGGGUCGAGGCGGAGACCAAAAUCGAACACCUGAAUCAGGAGUUACUGCAGGAAACCGGGGUGUCCCUGGACCCCCGCAAGCCUGCCGCGCAGUGCGUCCUCGACGGAGUGAGAGGAUGGGACAGUUAUAUUGUCUAUCUGUUUGACAAGAGCAUGACCAAGUACGCCGGACCGUUCACCGCACGCCCACUGCCCGAGAGCGUCAACUUCAUCGUUCGCGAAACGAAGACCCAGCUGCCCCUGAGUGCCCUGAAGAAGGUUUGGGGUGAGGCCGUGAGCUACAUCUGUGGCCUGAGAGAGGACUACAGCCGCCUCUUCCAGGGACAGAGAGCUGCAAUGCUGAGCCUCUUACGCUAUAACACCAACCUGACCAGAUAUAAGAACCUGAUGUUCUCCCUGUCCCAGCAGCUCAAAGCCAAACUGGAUUUCUUCAGGAGCAGCAUUCAGUACGACCUGGAGAAAUACAGUGACCAGAUGCAGUAUGGCAUAUCUUCUGAAAAGAUGUUGAAAGCUUGGCAAGAUAAUGAAGAGAAAGCUGCUGCCUUUGGACAGGUUGCAGAGAUCAGUCAUUUGGACGAAGAGAUCAUGGCUUUACACUCAGAAAUCGUUGAGCUGCAGAGAAGUCCAUAUGCCCGUCGCCAAGGAGACGUCAUGGAGCAGCUUGAAGAGAAGGCUAUUGAACUCUACAAACAACUAAAGGCAAAGUGCAAAAUGCCGGAUCCCCAGCACGGCUACAGUGACAGUGCUGAGAUGGUGAAGAUUAUUGUCCAGACAGUCCAAAAUCAGGACCGGGUGUUGAAGGAUCUCUAUGCCCACCUCAGCAAAAUCCUCCUGAGCAAGCAGAAGAUCAUUGACCUGUUCCCAAAGAUUGAGAAGACCCUGGAGAACAUUAAGGAUGCAGACAGCACCGUUAUGCAGAUGCAGAUGAAAAGACAGAGAGAAUUUUGGCACCUGCUGAAGAUUGCUUGUGCCCAGAACACUUCACGUGGCUCCGCAGCGCAGGCCACAGACAUGUCCAGCCCAUUCUCCACCCUGUCGCCCCACCCUCAGCCCUCCUGCUCCUCGCACGGCCUCCGCUCUCUGCCCGGACCUCACGACGAUGAAUCAGUCAACCAUUUACUGGAGGAGAAUCAGAGGUACCUGACCCAGCUGACCAGUUUACUGCAAGAAACCACAGAGGAGAAAUCUGAGAGUGUAAUGGAUCAAGACUGGAGCUGGACCAGAUAUGAGGGUCUGAUUGCCAAACCUCAGCGUCUGUAGGUUCUUUCCCGAGAGAGCUUUCUCCCAUAAGGAUGCUCAGCUGUACUGUUCAGAAAUGCCUCCGUGAGUUUUGGCUGGUUGAAGAAAUGCCUCUGUGGGUUUUGGUUGGCUGGAGAAACGCAUUCAUGACUUUUGGUUGGUUGGAGAAAAGCCUUCAUGAGUUUUGAUUGGCUGGUAUGAUUUUUUUUUUGUGACUUGUUAAUCUGUCAUGGCCUUGCAUUCUAGUAACUGUUCUGAAGUCCUGUAUAGACAUCAUGUAAAUUAAAUCGAUGUGUGCGUGUGUGUGUGUGUGUGUUUUUGGGGUUUUUUUUCGGUAAAAACAUGAUCCGGGAGCUAGUGAGAACUCCAUUAGCGUGACCUUACUUGCUCCUGUGAGGAAAACAAGAGAAUCUGUUGAGGUUUUCCUGAAUUGUCAACCAAGACCUGAGCAUGAUAGUAUUUCUGGAGUAUGUUCCCAAUAAAAUUAACAGUGACAUGCAGAAAGGUUAAAGAUUAAGGUGAAAUCAUUUGAAAGUGUGUCUGUCUGGUGAACCACUACAGGUCACUGAAUUACAGUUUGGAGCCUGACAUGUAACAUGGGAAACAGUCUGGACAGUAGUCCAGUGUUUCUGCUGCCUGGGGUGCCCUUUUCAUUUGUGUGUUCUUUCUCUAUGGGGAUGUUUUAUUUGAAGUUAGACACAUCUUGAUUUCUGAAUCGUAUAGAUAAGCAAAUGCACUUUAAAAGCUCAAUGUGAAUGUUUAGAUAUGUUAGUCACAAUGAUUUUGCUGUAUGUAUGUAAACUUAAGAUGUUUCAUUCUGAUGUUUAAUGGACAGAUUCCUGGAGAAUAUCAUGCUCAUAGAGAAAUGCUACAAACUUAAAUGAACUUUAAUCUGUCAUGGUCUAAUCCAGCCCAUACCUGUUUGAUAAAAUAUGGAAAUAUGAUGUCAGGCACCAACAAUGUGCUUUACAUAAAUGUAUUCAGUGAAACAGCGAUAAAAACACCUUGGUCUAACUAACAGUGGUGUCACUAUAGGAUUUAACUGUAUUGGCAGAGUGUCAUAAAUAACCCAUUAUAAUGGCAGUUCACAAGGAGGUCACAGGUGAAAAUGUGCAUUUAUUUGAAUGGAAUAAUUGCCCAAAAGAUCAGGUGCUCAGUCUCUUUUCACAGUCAGAUUACAGUCAUACAGUUUUGCCACUGCAACUCAGUUCUUUAAGAUGAAAACCGAAGAACUAUGAAUCGUUAUCACAGAGCCUAAUGAUUCAGUUUGUUAAGAAAUAUUACAGACUACACAGACUAAUUGAAAAAAAGCUGAAUGGGUGAAUAUUAUGUUUAUUGUUAUACAUCAAGAGUAAAUCUUUAAUUAUGGUGCACUACAGCUUUGGAAAUCUACUUUAAGUGAGGUGAGCGUCAUCUCACUUUAACAAGACAUGUAUGUAACGAGUGACAAGACCGUUUCAUUUUCUUUUGUGUUCAUGGCUGAAAUGCACAAUUUAUUAAAACACCAGUUUUUAAAU